GUCGUAUUGGUGCUGACCUUUUCGUGCCAGCAUUUAUCGAGGGAGGUGUCCUGGGCAAAAUGGUGUACUAUUUCACGUCGAAUGUGGUCCAACCCUCUGCUUUCAUCUAUGUCGGGAAAGAUAAAUUUGAGAAUGAGGAUCUCAUAAAGUAUGGGUUAGAGCAGGACGUUUGGUUCCACGUCGAUAAUCUGUCAAGUGCUCACGUCUACGUCCGCCUCCGGGAAGGUGAUACAUGGGACAACAUCCCCGAGCAGCUCUUGGAAGAUUGCGCACAGCUUACGAAGGCGAAUUCGAUCGAAGGGAAUAAGAAGGACAACAUCACCGUGAUUUACACACCGUGGUCGAAUCUUCUGAAAGACGGGUCCAUGACAACUGGCCAAGUCUCUUUCCACAAUCCCAAAUUGGUCCGCAAGGUGUAUGUUCGACAACGGGAGAAUCCCAUUGUUAACCGACUGAACAAGACCCGCGUCGAAAAGUUCCCCGACCUCAGGGCGGAGAAGGAUGAAUACCUGAAGAAAAAGCAAAAAGAGGAACGGAAGGUACGAGAGGAGCAGCGCUCGAGGGAGAAGCAGGAGCGGAGGAAACGAGACCAGUUGAAGUGGCAGAAAGAACAUGCCUAUGAUGAUCUGAUGAGCGAGGAAAAUGUCCAGGCGAGCAGCAACCAAGACCGGGAUCCGGACUUUCUCGACGACUUUAUGUGAUGGGGAGAGGGGGAUGGCAUGAUCAUGUCGGGCAGUAUAUGGGAGGCGGCAGACCGCGUAGGAUAAGACAACUCGCCGCCCGAGUCUCCAGGGGCGAAUCCUGAGCCGUGGUACAAUAUGGCAACAUUAUCAAAUGGCAUAUUGCCCGUGGUUCCUGAUGCAAUUGCGAGUACAUCCGUGAAAACAAGCGACGAGGGCAUUUUUGGUACCUCCGGGCGUAGUGGUUGGUAUUGAUAGCCGGCGACUGAAGUAUAUGGGGGGCUCUACAAUUAGCGGGAAAGAUGCAUGAUUUCAUAUGCUGGACUGUACAAAAGAAUCUUUGCGCGCAGUUGAUAAUCAGCGUGACAUGCUAUGGUAUGUAGUUGAAGUCCUGCGGUGUAUCCGUGGUGGUUCUGCGUACCUAAGCGAGAGCUGCGGACCGCGGAAGCAAUCUCCCUGCGCUAGCGAUGUUGACAGCUAUGGCCCC